AUCUUGAAACUGUUGACUUGACUGUGUUGUUUUGGAGUUUGUCCAUUAGCUUUUGGAUUAGAGUAUUUUUAAUUAUUGUAAAUAGAAAAUUCAUAAAAUAAUGCCCACCAACCUUCAAGAGGCUUCUACCAAACAAGUCUUUGCGCUUUUUUUAUCAUCAUUUUUUUUUUUCCUGUGAAGAAUAGAUCAAACGAUUUGUGUUGUUCUUUGGGAGGUUUGGUUUUGAUUUUUGUCUUUGGUGCAUAUCCUUUAUCUACUUUGCCGAACUAAGAACGGUUUCCAAAUAUAUCAAGAAGAAAGAAAUUAAGGAAAUAUAUGGUGUAAUGCCAUCUGAGAGGGAAAAUUUCAACCUUUCAGGACCGUUACACCUGACUACUGUUGACUGGAAGAAUACGCACCAUCAAAGAUCUGUGGCUGCGAGUUUGGUUCAGGGUGUCUACAUUCUAGAGCGGGACCGCCAGGAAAAACGUCAAGGGUCCCAAGCUCUUGCCCCUCCUUGGUGGGAGUUCUUUCAAUUUCAGAUAGUUCGCCAGCUUGUGGAUGAUGCUGAUUCCUGUAUUUUUGGUGCCAUCUAUAAAUUCACACCCCAAGCGUCACCUAGUACUCUCUCAACAAAUGAAAGUCCACAUUAUGUCAUUGCCUUCCGUGGCACCAUUAGGAAGCCACAUUCUGUCUCACAGGACUUGAAGUUGGACCUCCAGCUCCUCCAAAAUGGACUUCACCGGACAUCUCGUUUUGAGAUUGCAAUGCAGGCUGUCCGGAACAUGGUGGCUGCAACCCAAGAAAAUAAUAUCUGGUUAGCUGGCCAUUCCCUGGGUUCAGCCAUGGCAAUGCUUGCUGGAAAGAAUAUGGCUAAGAUGGGCAUUUUUCUUGAAGCUUUUCUCUUUAAUCCACCAUACGUCUCAGCCCCAAUUGAGAGAAUUAAGGAUAAAAAAGUGAAACAAGGGAUCAGAAUUGCAAGCAGUUUGAUCACAGCAGGACUAGCUGUUGCUGUGAAAGGUACCCACCAAAGGAACCGGUUUGAAGAUCAAUUUGUGGCUUUGUCUACUUGGGUUCCAUCUUUGUUUGUUAAUCCAGCUGAUCACAUCUGCUCUGAAUAUAUCGGGUAUUUCAAACACAGGAAAAAAAUGAAGGACAUUGGAGCAGGAGGCAUUGAGAGGUUGGCUACCCAGAACUCAAUCCAUGGUCUAUUUAUGACUGCAAUGGGAAAGGAGUCAGAACCACCACUUCACCUCAUUCCUUCAGCAGUUCUAACAAUUAAUUCAAUUCCUUCCCCAGAUUUCAAACAUGCCCAUGGAAUUCACCAGUGGUGGGGACCUGAACUUUACUUGAAAUCCAAACUUUACAAAUACAGUUAAAUUUUUGGUACAGCUACUGAGACUCUCUUUUUUUUUUUUUUUCUGUUUGUCAUUGGAAAAAUGCUUUUUUUUUUUUUUGGUUCUCCAUGUGAAGGAUGAUAGUAUGGUAUUAGCAUAUGAUCAAUGUAUUUUCCGACCAACCAAACACUCCUUCCAUUUAGUUUGCUGAAGGAAAUGUCAUUUUGCUGGUUGUUAGCUUGUAUAUUUGCGUAUUGACUCCAAAACUAGCAUUGAUCUCUCAGCUGUUGGAAUCCAUGUAUUGA